GGCGGAGGAGGUAGUUUCUCAUCGGAAACCCAGGCAGGCAGGCAGCUAGGUCGGAACUUGGCCGUGGUACGGGGGAGGGGGAGAAAUAUGCCUUUGAAGUGCUUUGCCGCUGAAUGGUGAAUUGUGCUACUUCGGGCCUGGAAAUACCCACCGCUUUACUUUCUCGGCUGUAGGUGGAGACUCGGCAUCCCACCCCCCACCCUCCCUCAGUUACUUUAGCGAGCAAAACAGUCGUUUAAAGUGGUGGGACCUGGCGCAGACCUAGCUGCUGUGCAGGCCGAGGGCAGGCGAGAACAAUGGCUACCCACUCUGAUUUGAUGGAGUUGGACAUGGCAAUGGGAGACAGUAAGGCUGCAGUGAGCCAGUGGCAGCAGCAGUCUUACCUGGACUCAGGCAUUCAGUCUGGAGUCACCACCACAGCACCGUCUUUGAGUGGCAAAGGAAACCCUGAUAUUGAAGAGGAUGAUCCAACUUUGUAUGACUGGGAGUUCAACCAGCCCUUCACUCCUGAGACCACAGACAUCGAAGGCUAUGCCAUGACUCGUGCCCAGCGGGUGCGUGCAGCCAUGUUCCCUGAAACCUUGGAGGAAGGCAUCCAGAUUCCACCAACACAGCUUGAUGCCGCUCAUCCCACUGCAGUGCAGCGCCUGGCGGAACCCUCUCAGAUGCUGAAGCAUGCUGUGGUCAACCUCAUUAACUACCAAGAUGAUGCUGAGCUGGCCACUCGUGCCAUCCCCGAGCUUACGAAACUGCUCAACGAUGAGGACCAGGUUGUGGUGAACAAGGCAGCUGUAAUGGUGCACCAGUUGUCAAAGAAGGAGGCCUCUCGCCACGCUCUGAUGCGUUCGCCACAGAUGGUUUCGGCAGUCGUCAGAGCAAUGCAAAAUACUGGUGAUGUGGAAACUGCUCGCUGCUCUGCUGGAACCUUGCACAACCUUUCCCACCACCGAGAGGGGCUCCUUGCCAUUUUCAAGUCUGGAGGGAUCCCUGCCCUGGUUAAGAUGCUUGGUUCACCAGUGGACAGUGUGUUGUUCUACGCCAUCACCACGCUCCAUAACCUCCUGUUGCACCAGGAAGGAGCCAAGAUGGCCGUUCGCCUGGCUGGAGGACUGCAGAAGAUGGUGGCUCUGUUGUCCAACACCAACGUCAAGUUCCUCGCCAUCACAACGGACUGCCUGCAGAUUCUUGCUUAUGGCAACCAGGAAAGCAAGUUGAUAAUUCUGGCCAGUGGUGGUCCCCAAGCUCUGGUCAACAUCAUGAGGACCUUCACAUAUGAGAAACUCUUAUGGACCACAAGCAGAGUGCUCAAGGUCCUCUCUGUUUGCUCCAGCAACAAACCUGCAAUAGUCGAAGCUGGAGGGAUGCAGGCCUUGGGACUCCAUCUGACUGACCCUAGCCAGCGUUUGGUCCAGAACUGCCUCUGGACUCUGAGGAACCUUUCAGAUGCUGCCACUAAGCAGGAGGGAAUGGAGGGUCUUCUGGGCACCCUGGUCCAGCUGCUGGGAAGCGAUGACAUCAACGUUGUUACGUGUGCGGCUGGCAUCCUCUCCAACCUGACCUGCAACAACUACAGUAACAAACUUAUGGUCUGCCAGGUUGGAGGUAUUGAGGCCCUUGUGAGGACAGUACUCAGGGCAGGCGACAGAGAGGACAUCACAGAGCCGGCUGUAUGUGCACUGCGCCACCUUACCUCCCGCCACCAGGAUGCCGAGAUGGCCCAGAAUGCUGUGCGCCUUCAUUACGGCCUUCCUGUUGUUGUCAAACUACUGCACCCCCCGUCUCAUUGGCCACUAAUCAAGGCUACAGUUGGUCUGAUUCGCAACCUGGCCCUUUGCCCGGCCAAUCACAGUGCUCUUCGAGAGCAGGGAGCCAUUCCACGCCUGGUCCAGUUGCUUGUCAGGGCUCACCAGGACACCCAGAGGCGCACCAGCAUGGGAGGCAACCAGCAGCAGUUCGUGGAAGGUGUGCGUAUGGAAGAAAUAGUGGAAGGUUGCACAGGAGCACUGCACAUCCUGGCACGGGACAUCCACAACAGAAUUGUCAUCAGAGGACUUAACACCAUUCCACUCUUUGUGCAGUUGCUGUAUUCCCCAGUGGAGAACAUCCAGCGUGUGGCUGCCGGCGUGUUGUGCGAGCUGGCUCAGGACAAGGAGGCGGCAGAGGCGAUCGAAGCCGAGGGAGCCACCGCACCGCUCACUGAGCUGCUGCACUCUCGUAACGAGGGUGUUGCCACCUAUGCCGCAGCCGUACUGUUCCGCAUGUCUGAAGAUAAGCCCCAGGACUACAAGAAACGUCUGUCAGUGGAGCUCACCAGCUCUUUGUUCAGAACUGAGCCCUUGGCCUGGAAUGAGACUGGAGAUCUUGGACUGGAUAUGGGGGCUCAGGGAGACCCUCUAGCUUACAGGCAGGAUGAUGGAGCAUACCGGGCCUAUCCCGCAGGCUACGGUCAAGACACCCUACUGGACCCCAUGAUAGAGGGGGCAGACUACCACACCGACGCUCUGCCCGACCUGGGCCACCACACCGAUCCCCUUCCAGACCUCGGUCACAGCCAGGACCUGAUGGACAGCAACCAGCUGGCCUGGUUUGACACCGACCUGUAGGAUUGGUGAGCGUGACUUCCACCCAAUGCUUAACCGUCCACUUUAUAGCUUUAAAAGCAAUAUCAACGGCAACACUGUUGAAAUGUUGUCCUGUGCUCUUUUGCAGUUGUUUUGAUAGAGCCUGCAUUGUGAUUGGCCUGUAACCUGUAUUGUCUGAAGCAGCAUUUUGAUUGGCUGUGUAAAGUUGUGAAGGUAUAGGAAGGAACAAGGGGUGUUGGAAAGUGCCUGACACCAGAAAAUAAAGAAGAUGGUUGCCAUGUGAAUGUUUUAGUAAGUUGAGAAGCGAGGCGCUUGGGUGGGUGGUGAAUGAAAGGGGCUCGAAUUAACUGCAAUGGAUGUGACAUCACAAGAUGGAGGUCUUGGGGCAGGUUACCCGUUUGGUUGAGUGCACACGAGUUGGACUUAAAGUUGGUAACAUGUUUUAGCCUUGCCUGUAUUAUCCUGUUUCAGUUCUACUUUUUGUAUUCUAUUUUUUUAUUUUUUUUGUAUUAUUCAUUCUGUCAUGGUACUGACCCAGCUUGCCUUCACACUAGCCAUCUUAAUUUUGUCUUCAGUGCUAAUCAUCAGUUUUUUUUGUUUGUUUUUUGUUUUUUUACAAACGUAUAUUACAUGUAGUGUUAAGUUAUAGUGAUAUACAAUGUUUCUUUGGUUUUUGGCAGAAUGUGUAGAACACUAAUAAUCAGUUGUACUCUGACUUAAAAUGUAACUGUAGUUUUUUUUAUAAUCAAAAACAUUCUAAAUAUGUGCUUCUUUAAGCAUAAACUGUCAGUGUCACAUGUUCUAAAGAGAUCAAAUUGUGGGAUUUGUUGGGGAUAAAUCUAGAGAAAAGUUUUAUAUACAUUCACCUGGUAGGUUACUAUUUUGUAUGCUAUCAUUGGGUGUCUGAUAGAAAAUUUGUUGGCGCUAUCAAAAGGUAGCCAGGUUGACGAAAAAGUUGAGAGUUCUGCUGUUUCUUUCGGAGACGAGGUUGUGACACGGCUGAACCAAUAAAGUCAUUUUAUUUCA